CACUCCCAUGCAUUCAUUGAUCAAAACCUCUGCUCCUUCCGUACCUUUACACCUCUGAAGAAGAAGCGGAGCUGAGGAGACGAGUCUGCUCUCACUCUCUCUCACUCUGUCGUUCUUCAAUGGAGAAGUUGUCCGACGAGUUAGGGUUAGCGCGGAGCAAGAAGGAGGGCCUGCGUCGAGCUCUAGACCUCGUCCAAGCCCAGGCAAAUACCGUCAUGCUGUUCGGCCUUCAAUGGCAGGACUUGGAGGAGCACUUCGACUCCAUCUCCAAGGCCAUCGGUGAAAGGCUGGAGCAACUCGGGGCCAGGGAGAGGUCGGUGGAGGAGAGGUUUGCAGAUGUCGUGUCCAAGGAGAGGGAGGUGGAGAAGAAGGCCGAGGAAUUUGAGCGAGAAGUUCUCAUGAGGGAGGAGAGGUUGGCCCUGUUGGAAAAGAGGCUCGAGGAUUGCUCGAGAGAAUGCAAAGAGAAGGAGGAUCGUCUGGCGUCGGCGACGGAUUAUCUCGCUGAAUGUCUCCAGGAGACCGAGGUCAAGGAGAAGGAGCUGAUUUCGGUGAGGGAUUCCAUUGAGGAUUCUCAGAGGGAGCUCGGGAUGAAAAAGCAGGACCUCCAAGAUUCGUUAAAGACCUGCUGCGCUGAACUCGAUUCGAAGAAAAUGGAACUCGAUAAAAUCCAAAAGUCGGUAGCGGAGUGCAGGGUCGAUCUCGAUUUGAAGUGGAGACAGCUCGGCUCUAUCAAGACGUUGAUUGAUGAGUGUAAUGAGGAGCUGACAUCCAAAAGGAAGGAUAUGGAUGCCAUUAAGAAGUCCGUGGUAGUGUGCUCCGCUGAGGUCGACUCGAAAAAGAGUGAACGCGCAUUGCUGGAGAAGUCUGUUAGAGAUCUCAAGGUGGAAGACCGGAGGAGGAUACAGAAAUGUUCGCGGCUAUGCCCAGAUGAAAUCGGGUUGAAGAAAGAGCUAGAAUCCGCCAAGGCUUUACUCGUCCAACGGGAAGCAGAGCUGAAGUCUAGAGAGGAACAACUUGAGGCUAGUCACAAGGAACUAGCCUUGGCUAGAGCUGAAAGGGACGAAUGCCUUAGUGAAAUCCAAUCGGCCAGAGCAUCGUUCGAGGAACGCUCCAGGAUACUAGAGGUAAAGGAGAGACAGCUCCAAGGGCAGCUUAUGGGGUUAAAAACCCAGCAAGAGCGCUUGCAUUCGUUGCAAAAGUCGCUGGAGGAGAAGAGAGCAGAGGUUGAAUUGAGGGAGGGAGUUAACGUUGUUCUUGUCCAACAGAAGCUUCUAGACACGAUUCAAAUGUCGCUCGAUCCCGCGAAGCUGUUCUUACUGGCUCUGCAGGAAGUUGACUCCUUAUGUGCAAGGAAGAAGGUGAGAAGAGUAAGCAAGAGGAGCUGUCUCUUGCUCUUACGCUACUUAGGUGAGGCUUCGCUAGAGAUUAAGCCUAAGGUGAAGGAAGCUGCAAUGGCACUGGCCAGCCAAUGGAAGGCUCAGCUGAGUGCUUCUUCACCCCAUUUUGUUUUCGGGGUGUUGGCUUUCUUGAGGCUUAUAGUGGUCUAUGAACUGACCCCUGCAUUUUGUCUCAAUGAGCUAGAAGAUCUUGUGAAUUCGAUAGCCCAUCAUGGGGAAACAAAUGAACUACGAAAGCUCCUUGGUCUGUCAGGACCGCUACCUCCCCCAAAGGUUAUCCUUCUUAAGCAGGCUGGAAAGAAGCUUGCUCAGAUCUCCCCGAAAGUUGAGGAUUGUUCCCAAGUACAGCAUCCAUACAAGCGUAGCCGCAUGGCCUAAAGAAGUUAACUUUUGGGACUAUCAAAUGCUUAGUAAGAGUACAUUUACCCCCUUUUAACUGUUCUUGCUUCUAGCACAUAGGCUAAUAUGAUUAUGCUUGUAAAUAUCUAGGCGGAAUAUCUCAUGUUGACAUUCUCAUAGAGGUUAAUGAUAUUAAAGAGGCUCUAUGGUAUCCAUAUUGCAAUUAUC